AAGACUUUUCAAACUUUUCAAACGGGAGGCUUCCGAGUUCCGGGCUGCCACCUGCCCCUCUUCAACCACAAUAUCGUCGCGGUUGCAUCUUUUCCAUUAUCCCUUGAAUCCAAGCGAAACAACAACAACAACAAACAAACAACCACCAUGUCCAAAACUGACGUCCGACCCCGCCCCUUAAUGUUCAAGGCAGCUUGCUGCAUGUGGCAGGCUUGCGACUUUGACGAUGUGGCCUUGGGCUGCAAAGGCAAGAGUCAGGUUCUCUGUCUCACCCGCGAGAUUUCCUGUGCGGUUGGCGAGCCCAUGACGGGUUGUGGAUUGGUCACCAACAAAGAUAACAAGGAAUGCUGCAAAAUUGGCCUCCUCUGCUGCGCCUACGGGUUGAAAGAGCCCGAAACCUGUUGUAAAGCUGCCGGUCAGUUCUUCUGUCUCAAAGAAGCUGCGGCCUUGCCUCUCGAUGAGGAGUAUGUGGGUGAACCCGUGUUCGCUCUCUACUGUUUGAGCUGUCUCCCCGAGGUCGGCUGCUGUGUCGAGGCGCCUCGUUGCCGAGCCCUGGAGCGUCCCGUCUUCGACUACAGCCCUGUCCCGAUGGAGCAGAUGGACCGCGGCUUGCAGAUGGAACCGUACCGUGACCACGCUGGUGAAGCUUUGCCGGUUGCUUCGGCCAGCGUCAUCAAGGAGCCAUUCAAGGACGAAUUUUGAUCACAGAAAUGCGUUGUGUGGUUGGUAAAUAUAUGAUAUUGAAGUUUUUUUUGACGACCACGGCAUCAUGAAGUAGUCACCGCGAAAGUACUUGCUCUGUAUUCCGUACCAUUCUGGAGCAAGCAGCAUCUAUACAACAGUAACUGCUAAAAAUAUAUGAAUUAUGUAAAGAAAGUAUCAAUCCAGAAGAUCUUUCACGAGCACCUGCAGACACCACAAAGUUGAACCCACAACUCAACGACAUUCAAAGACUCAAUCAAGGUGGGCCAGGAACCAAGAAAUGAUCAAUUUCAUACACUAUACCAUUGUUUGCCGCGUGCAAAUCAGUGACGGUGGAUCCUCCAUUGAGUACGGUUGAACUGACGUUCAACGUGACAGAAAUUCCAUCUCCUUGCAAGGUGGUUAUUGUUGCGCCAUCUUUAAGAUCAAAAGGCGACACAAUUCCAGGGACAAUAUGGUAGGAAAGCAAGGACAACAGCUGUUCUUCCGAAAGGAAGGAUAGGAAGAAAUCGAGGGCUUCAUCUCGAGGCCAUCCACUGUCCAUAGGCGCGAACACGGUGUAGGUACCAGGUCCCUGCAGAGUUUCUGCGAGUUGUGCCUGUGUCAGCAAUUCCAAAAACGUAUCAUAGCCCCCGGCAUUCUCCGCAGUCUCGAUGAGAUCUCCCAGUGGAGCUGCUAUUGGGGCUUCCGUCGGGCUGCCACCCAGCAGUGCGACAGGCUCAGAUACGACAAUGGUAGGACUCUCGGUAGAUACAGCAAUGAUGGGACUAUCGGUGGUCUCGAUUGGAGCUGCUGUCGGUGCAACUGGAAUUUCCGUAUCUGUUUCAUCCGGGCUUGGGACGAAGGUAGUCUGGACAACCACAGCUUGCGUUUCAGAAUCGUCAAAACUGGGGACGAAUGUGGCUGGAUCCGGAUCAUCAAACAAAAUGGGCUUGAGAGUGUUCUGGAUGAACACCACACCAUCUGUAUCUUUCAAGCUUGGCGCAAAGGUAGUCGGAUCAGCAAUGGCUGCCUCUGUUGCAGAAUCAUCAAUGCUGGGGACGAGUGUCCCUUCUCCCGCGACCACUGGUUCUGUUUCGUCCAGGCUUGGGGCAAGCGUAGUUGGGUUGGCAGUGUCAGAAUCAUCAAUGCUUGGUGCAUUGGUCCCGUCUUGAGUAACAACAGGCUCUGUUUCCUCCAGGCUCGGGACAAAUGUAGUUUGGUCUGCAACCACAGCUUCAGUUUCAGAAUCAUCAAAGCUGGGGACGAACGUGCCCUCAUCCGCAAGUACAGGCUCUUUUGCGUCGGCAACCACAGCUUCGGUUUCAGA